UAUAUAAUCAUUAUAAACUCAACUUGUAUACAAAGUACGGUAUUCUAUAUAAUCAUUAUAAACUCAACUUGUAUACAAAGUACAGUAUUCUAUAUAAUUAUUAUAAACUCAACUUGUAUACAAAGUACAUUAUUCUAUAUAAUUAUUAUAAACUCAACUUGUAUACAAAGUACGGUAUUCUAUAUAAUUAUUAUAAACUCAACUUGUAUACAAAGUACGGUAUUCUAUAUAAUUAUUAUUAACUCAACUUGUAUACAAAGUACAUUAUUCUAUAUAAUUAUUAUAAACUCAACUUGUAUACAAAGUACAGUAUUCUAUAUAAUUGUUAUAAACUCAACUUGUAUAUAA